CCCAAGUCGGCCAUAUUUGUUAUUUUGACAGUUGAGUCUCGACAUAUGGAAAUGUUAUUCUUCUGAAAGAAUAUGCAGUUUUCAGCCACACACUGUUCAGUUAAACUUUAGAGAGCCCAACUUGUACAGUUGGUAUGAUCUAUCGUAUUUUCACCGUCCUGUCUGUACUCCCAGACUGCAUCACAAUGGGUAUCACUGGGGGCGUUGACACAUUCCUCACAAUAGAUAAACCUGAAGGUUUCUUCGAAGAUUCAGACAGUGAAUCCUAUUCACUAAUCUCGGGAGAAAAAAGCACAGACACCGUAAUGAAAAAAAAAAGGGUCAACAAGAAAAGGAAAUGUGACUGCCAUGAUGAACUUCUGGCAAUUGAGAGAAGGAAAUUGGAAUUAUUUGAAGAAAUAGUUCAUUUAAAAAGAGAGUCACUUUGUUUUAAAAAGCUUAAGCAUUCAACUACAAAUGUAUUUGAAUAAUAGCUCGACUAUUAAUGAAAUGGUCAGGGCUGCACUUCUCACCAAAAUGUUGGCGUCUGAAUAUUGUUCACGUUAAAGUCAUUUUUAUGCCCCCAUUCGAAGAAGAGAGCAUAUUGUUUUGCACAUGUCUGUCGGUUGGUCUGUCCGUUGGUCCGUCUGUCCACCAGAUGAUAUCUGGAUGAUAACUCAAGAACAAUUAUGCCUAGGAUCAUGAAACUUCAUAGGUGCCUUGAUCAUGACUGGCAGAUGACCCGCAUUGAUUUUCAGGUCACUAGGUCAAAGGUAAAUGUCACAGUCACUCGAAACAG